GCACUUCGUGCUGCUACGGACAGAUUGAGCGUCUGGGAUAAUGUGGCGGAGAAGCGCCAGGGUCCCCGGGAGGCUCCGUGCAGUGGUUCGCUUCGGGGCUCCGAGAGAGGACGUGGGGGUGGCCUUGCACAGAAAAGCACACAAGUUCUUUAGCACCACCCCUGCCCUCUGCACUAACGAAGAUGAGCAGGUCAACUGCACCAAUACAAGUGUUUCACCAGAUCAGGAGCAGAAAACAGAAGUACAAGCAAAGAAAAAUUUGCUACAAUUAAUCCAUGGAAUGAAAAUAGAACUAAGUACAAAGAAGAAGAUUAUGGAGAAUGCCAAAAGCAAAUUGUUGGAAGAAGAUGAACAAAGCAACCAACAUGUUCCAGAAUUGGAGGCAGCAGCCUCUGCUGUGGCAUCUUCACUCCCUUUCGAUAAACAAAAGACAACUUCCGAACUUUUGCAUUUGGUAAAAAAGCACAAGGAAGAAAUGAAUGCUCACAAAUUGGCUGACCUAAGCAAAAUUAUGGCAAGCAUGAAAAUUAGAAGAAAACCUAUUAAACAAAAAGCCCUUCGAGCAUCCAGUCAAAUUGAAUGUGAUGAAGAUGAAGAUGGCAAUAUGGCACAUAUUAAUGAAAUCAGUAGAAUUAAAAGGAAUCUCUAUUCUGGAGAAAGGCUACAGAUUUUCACUCCUAAAUCAGAGGGCGCACACGAAACAGACACAGUAGCAAUACCAACAAUUUGGGAUCUGGAAUUUGCCAAAACCAUUGCAUCCAACGUUUCACCACAGAAUGGUUUUGAGGAGAUGAUACAGUGGACAAAGGAGGGAAAACUUUGGGAGUUCCCAAUUAACAAUGAAGUUGGACUUGAAGAUGAUGCUGAAUUUUAUGAACAUAUAUUUCUGGAUAAGCAUUUGGCAGACUUCCCUAAAGAAGGACCAAUUCGCCACUUCAUGGAACUUGUAGCAUGCGGACUUUCCAAAAAUCCCUACUUAACUGUGAAACAAAAAGUAGAACACAUUCAAUGGUUCCGGGAUUAUUUCAAGGAAAAAGAACAGUUGCUUAAGGAAAUUGAAGCUCAUGAGAAGGAAGCCUUGGUUCAAAUAGAGAAUAUAUCGAAAUGAAAACUGAAAAAAAUCAUGUCCUCAUGUAAAUAAUCAUUGGGAAGUUGUACAUCAUAAUCUGGAAAUAACCUGAUUCAGAGAUAUUAAAACUGGCAAAGAUGGUUUAGAGAAUGUAUAUUCCUCUGUAUAUUAAUGUUCUUAAGAUAGUGUUUACAAUGUUUUGCUCUAAAAAUAUUGGAGUUAACUCAGUCUGAAGAUUAAAGAGAAACCAUCGACUGAUGUUCAUUGGUAAUGCUUACUAAUAGUGUAGCUACACUUUAGGAUAAACCGUUCUGUAUUUUCAUAGUUUUAUUUCCUCAUUUUCAAUCAAAUUUAAAUAGAAUUAGAUCAUGGAAUUUAUUCAACUUGUUUGUUGUUUGAAAUUUAUUCCAGAAAGAAAUAUUUUGCAAAAAGAUACGCUGUUCCUCUCCACAUAGAUCUAUAUAUUGCACCAGCAUGUUUUCUUUGCCUUCAUUCUCAACUCUGUGUGUGC